AAUACAUAUCGCGUCAAAACAUCAAGCACAUUUAAAGGUUUUGGCAGCUGAAAUUAUACAUUAAAUUUUAUUCAUUAUUCCAGCUAUAUCAUUGCAUUCACUAUGUCCAUUUCGGAACUGAUGUUCACGGAUGAGGUCGCGGUGGAUGUGGACCUUCAUACCGACCCGAGAGUGCUGUGGUUCAAGGAACGAGUACUCUCCUUCAUCGGUAUGUAUGACGACGAGCUAUUCUACAACAUGUUUGAGGAACCCGAAUCAAAGAAGACAUUCAAUUCGUUUAUAACAUCUCCGCUACAUGCGAACGAGCAAUCUUUGGACAAAAGAACUUUCUACGUUUCAAAGAUAAUUAUCGACAAACUUAUUCAUGAAGACAAGGAGUUUACUGAGUGGAGAAUCAUUCCCCCGCCACCACCACCGCCAGCCCCUCCCCCGAAAAGGGGUGGGAAAAAGGGUAAAAAAGUAGUAUCUGAAGCCGCUAUGGACGAAGCUAAAACCGUAAAGAGCGCGAAGAGCGUGAAAAGUGCAAAAAGCAUGAAAAGCAUGGACUUAGAGGCAGCAUCUGGUGCUGUCACCGGCACUGAAGAUGAAGUGAAGACUGCUUUGGACCUUCGUGUGCCUGAAAAGGAGGAAACUCAGUCCGUUAUCACAGAAGAUCUCUACUCUUUUCCACCACCUCCUGAGGACUUGGACCCUGAUGUCGACGGCACGCUAGAGUUUUACACGAUUGUGAGAUCAGUCCCCCGCGUCAUACAAUACCCGAAGCUAAUCCCCAUAUUCGGCGCGUUUACCCCCCAAGUGACGAGUCGUAACCAGCGCUACAUAUACUUCAUAAGGCAGAGUCCGAAUGGGAUCCCACUCGCUGAGAACGCUUUACUGACGGCACUCAAGAUGCCUGAAUAUGUCCUUACUGGGGUCACUUCAGGAAGAGUUUUGAAGAGCCUCGGCCAGCAGUUUAAGGAGGCAUACAUACCGCUGUUCGAGAGGCAGUUCCGUGAGAUCACGGUUCUAUCUUCGGAGUCGACUCAUGCGAUGCUCUCGCGGCAGAUAUCCUACGCCGGCAAACAUCACAGCAUGGACGAGACGGCAUCACAGGUAAACUAUCUCCGGCCUUCAGACUAUAGAAGAAUGUCGAACAUCGCGCGCGGAGAGAAUGCUGAGCGAAGAAUGAAAAACAUGCGUGCAGGAUCAAUGGUAUCGAUCAUGAGACCACAGAUUAGACGGCCUAAUUCUACCACUGACUUGGACGCACUCUCGGGAUCAGGGUUUGACAUGCCAAUGACAGAUCAUCAGAAGACAACCGCUGCAGAAGUUAUCACGGACAUAAAGGAUCUCGUGGGAAUUGUUGAUUGGACAAUAGACCACAUAGAAGGCGAGAUCCAGUUCCCGAUGCCCAGCAUCCCGACGCUGACGGAGGAGCAGCCCGGCCGCGUGGAGUUCAUCAGCCCGCAGCUGGUGCCGCAGCUCGAGGAGGCCGUGAUGAUGUGGCAGGCGCAUAUCGAUACGACUAUUGCUAAUUGUUUGAGCAAAACCCGCGAAGGCGAGGGUCCAGUCGCGGAGUACAAGUACUGGCGCGAACGAGACGCCGAAAUAUCUCUGCUGGUGGAACAAUUGAAACAGCCGAUGGUCGUGAAGAUAUUAUCCAUGCUCCAGAAGGCCCGCUCUUCGCAUAUUGAGACUUUCAACAACUACAAAGAGAGACUGAUGGAACAAUUCAAUCUGGCGGGAGAUAAUUUAAAGUUCCUGUCAACUUUGAUGCGCUUUUUUACGGUGAUAGAAGACGAUUCUCCACUGCAACAAGUGAUCGAAAUGUUACCAGAACUGGUGGAAAGUAUUUACAUGAUGUGGGUGCUGUCUAAAGGAUACCGGACCGAUGAGACCAUGGUCCCUCUGCUGUGUAGGAUCUCGUGGGCGUUGUGCGACAAGCUUGAGAGAUUUCUGGACGUGCAUAAACUAUUUGACAAACCGAACGAAGAAGUGCUGUCGCUGUCCAGAGCGGGGCAGAAGAUAAUGGAGCUGUGGCACGCGCUGUACAAGGAGACGCGGCGCAACAUCGAGCUCAGCGGCAAGGGCGCGCGCUGGGAGUUCCACCAGCCGCUGCUGUUCACGCGCACCGACUACAUCGGCACCGUGGCGCGGGACCUGGGCGACGUCAUACAGGUUCUGAUUGAUUUCGAACGAAUAUUCGGCCUUGAAUUGAAGUCCAUCAUUAGCGACCCGACACAGAUAGACGACGUUCGCAAAAGAGUGAAGAACCUCGUGUACCCGAUCAGGACGAUCGACUUUAGCGUGUUCGUGUUUGACAAUAAAGAAAACUGGGACGUCAUUAUGGGCGAUUUUUGGAGUGAAGUCCGAUAUUUGGAAGAGGAGGCGAAGAAUUAUAUCAAUCAGAGUUUUGGGAAUCUGAGGUCUUCGGAAGAAGCACUGACGGUACUAUUAAAAUUUCUGGAGUUCGACACGCGCGAAGCUAUCCGCCGACAGUUGGUCACCAAGUUCGAUCUGGUGAUGAGACAGUUCAUCAAAGAGAUCACAGCACUUGAGGAUAAAUUCACCCGUUUCCGCAAAAACCCGCCUUUAUUACGGAACCACCCGCCCGCCGCCGGAGCCAUUUACUGGGCGAGGGCGCUCUUCAAUAAGAUGAAGCAGCCAGUCAUGAAGUUCCAAAAGGUUCCAGAACUCGACGACUGUGAGCAGAAGAAAGAAGCAUUUAUUCAAUACAAAGCUUUGUCUAAAGUGAUAAAAGAGUACGAAGACAAUAAAUACAAGGAGUGGGUGAAGGGCGCUUCGGAGUUCUGCGACAAUAUGAUGAAGAAAAAUGUGUUGCGAGUGGUGUUCAAGAAAGAGGAUGAACCGCCGCCGUCAACCGGGCGUGGCAUGCAGCUAACGGCGGCUGGACGAGCACAUGUCGCCAAGAAGAAGGCCUCCUGCACCUCCCUGAAACCAGUCGACAUCGUCAACAAGGAGAUCGCGGACAAACGACGAAGGGACAAAGCUUUGAUGUUGAUGCGAAUUCCUGGACAACACUAUGUAAACGUCAGAUCUCCUAGUUCCGUGUCUUUACUGGCGAAAGAAGGAUUGACGGAUGUGACGUGGCGCGACCUGACGGUACACAAACUGAUGCAAGAGUACGGGCUCGAGUUCCAGCCGAACUUCGACAAGGACAUAUUCCUGGUGAUACACGAGGCGGAACUCAUGGAGCAACUUGGAUUCAACUUACCCUCAAACAUUCGAGACGUGGCGAUGCAAAAGGCGCGUCUGUAUUACGAACACGAGGCACUACAGUCAGUGAUAAUAAAGUAUAACGAGAGCACACUGUCCCUGAGCCCCUCGGAGACGCAUCUCAUGAAGAAGCACCUGCUCAACAUGGAGCGGCACAUACUGCCGGGUUUGACAAGGAUCACGUGGGUCGCGCUGGGGAUCAGUGAUUAUAUCAAGGAUAUUGCUAAAGGUGAAAAUUCCCUACAAGCCGUGUACCAGCAACUAAAAAUGGUGGAGAAGGAGAUUCAGUUCUUGAUAGAUCAGCUGCAAGACUUCGACAUGUUCCCGAUAAUGAGGCCGCAGGACUACGUCGACCCUGAAACUGGGGAACCUGAUGAAACUUGGAUUUAUCCCUGCAAGAGCUACUUCGUGGAGGUGGAGAGCGAGCGCCUGGAGCGCGUGGCGCUGCUCGCGCGCAUCUACGAGCGCGUCGGGCCCAUCCUCAUGAAGCUCGAGUACCUCAUCCUCGGCACCAGCUCCGGCAGCUCCGCCGUCAUGACCUCGUAUUACAACUACUGGGAGAAGAAGAUAUUCAAAUGUCUUGUCAGCUUCACUCUGGAGAACCUAGAGAACUUCCAGCAGAUGCUAAGCGAGAAGACUCCGAUGUUCCAAGUGGAUGCUGUUUUAGUCCCGCCUGAUAUCACCAUGCGACCCACGCCCGCUGAGGUCUGCAACAUAUUGGGAUACAACAUCAAGCAUUUUCUUAACAGGUUGACAUCAUUCCCUCGAUGGAUGAAGAAGACGUGCCUGCCGUGUCCUCCGCAACGUGUCGCCGAAGCAACUGGCAAUGAAUUCUACGUAUUCUCGUACUUCGAGGACAUUCUUCGUGUCGUGUCCAUCAAUGACAUCACUAUGCUUAUACAAGACACCAUAUACAGACUGACGCUUGAUAUCAAUAGUUACAUACAAAAGUGGCACAAAUACCAGCAUCUCUGGGCUUUCGACAAGAACUUAUCAUGUGAGAAGUACAUUCAAAAACACGAACAGAUACAGAAGUACGAUGAGAAGUUCUUCUUCUUUGAAGACAUUAUAGCGGAUCUCAACGAUCACGUCAAGUUUGUAGAUGUUGGAGCUAUAAGAGUGAACUUGAGACCGAUUAUAAAACAAGUGCAAGAUCAUGCUCAGGAGUGGAAGAACACGCUCGGGAACUGCAUUGCGGCUAAAACUAGAAUGAAUAUGUAUGAUUUAAAGAACCAGAUUGAUUCCCUCCGCAUGACAAUGAACAUGAACAUCAAAGGGCUGGAGGACUUUAAGCUGGUGAUGGCGACGAUCACUCAGGUGCAGCAGAUGACGAUCACGGCCGAGGUGAAGUACCGCGGCAUGCAAGAGAUAUUCCACAUGCUGCGAAAGCACGGGAUCGAUGUAUCUGAUGAUGAUCUAGAAUUUGCGAAAAACCUACAAACGUCAUGGGGCAGUCUAUACCAAACAUCUCUAUUCCGAGGUAACACUCUCGAGCAAACGAAGGAAAAGUUCUCAAAGUUAAGCGUGGUGGAGAUAGCCAAUUUCUUGAAAGAGCUAGAUGAGUUUGUUGAAAAAUUUGAUACCCAAGGUCCAGCCACUGUUGGAGACGAUAUGGAUGGAGGAUUAGUGCUAAUGGAGGAAUACGGUAAAUACUUCGACGAUCUGGAAGCCCGCAAGAAAAUGCUCCAAGCCGCUGAGCAACUUUUCGACAACCCUCUGGCGGAUUUUUCCAACUUUAACCGAGCGAAAGCCGAUUACCAGGCGAUGGACCAAAUAUACAAGAUAUAUAAAGCGCAAAAGAACGCGAGAGAAAUAUGGGCCAAGACGUUGUGGGUGAAUUUGAACCCGCAGGCUUUGGUCGAUGGCAUCGAACAGUUCUUUAAGGAGUACAGGAAACUACCUAAAGUAGUAAGAUUAAGUAGCACCGGCCUGAUGCUGGACUUGAAGAUGAAACAGUUCAAGGGUGUGGUUCCGCUCAUGGUGUCGCUGAAGAACGAGGCCAUGAGAGUGAGGCAUUGGAAGGAGUUGAUGACGAAAACUGGCCAGGACUUCGACAUGUCUCCAGAAAGGUUCACGUUGGAGAACAUGUUCGCCAUGGAGCUGCAUAAGUACCAAGACGUGGCGGAGGAGAUCGUCAAUCAUGCCAUCAAAGAGUUGGCGAUCGAACGCGGCGUGAAGGACGUGCAGGAGACGUGGGCGAGCAUCGCGUUCACGGUGGCGCGACACUUCAACCGCGGCGAGGACCGCGGCUACACACUCAACCCGUGUGACGAGAUCACUGUCAAGGUCGACGAUGAUGCCAUGACGCUGCAGAGCAUGGCCGCCUCACAAUUCAUAGGCCCAUUCCUGAGCGUGGUGCAGAGUUGGGAACGGAAGCUGUCUCUCAUAUCCGAAGUGAUUGAGGAGUGGAUGGCAACGCAACGCAAGUGGCUCUACUUGGAGGGGAUCUUCGUAGGCGGCGAUAUACGCGUGCAACUGCCUGAAGAGGCCAAGAAGUUUGACGAUAUUGACAAGGCGUUCAGAAAGAUCAUGUUAGACACGGCAAAGCGGCUAAACGUCGUCGACUGCUGCACUGUGCCUGGAAGGCUGGAAGAGUUUAUUAGUUUAGGCCUGGGCUUACAGAAAUGUCAAAAGUCCCUGAACGACUAUCUGGACUCGAAGCGUCGUAUAUUCCCUCGGUUCUUCUUCAUAUCCACUGACGAGUUGCUCUCGAUCCUCGGCAGCAGCGAGUGCAGCUGUGUUCAAGAGCACAUGAUCAAGAUGUUCGAUAAUAUUAGAGCACUCGACUUAUACGUGGACCACACAAAUCGACCGGUUGCAGCGAAAAUGAUAUCGGCAGAAGGCGAGAUUAUGGACUUCCGUUACGUGGUGUACACUGAAGGCAGGGUCGAAGACUGGAUGAAUUUGGUACUGCAGGAAAUGAGAGCCACCAAUAAGUUCAUUACAAAGAAGGCUAUCUUCUAUUACGGAAAGAAUUGGAAGGUGCCGAGAACUGAUUGGAUCAUGGAAUAUCAAGGCAUGGUGUGUCUAGCCGCUAACGGUGUGUGGUGGACGGCGGAGACUGAAGAGACCUUCAUUCGCAUUCGUAAAGGCAAUAAGAGAGCCAUGAAGGAACACUUGCAGCAACAGAAUGAACAGUUGGACGGGCUUGUGGUCAAAGUACGGCAGGACCUAUCGUCGAACGACCGAUUGAAAUUUCGCACAAUAACAACUAUAGAUGUACACGCGCGGGAUAUUAUCGAAGAUUUCGUGAGGGACAAUGUGACAGAAGCCGCUGAGUUUGAGUGGGAGAGCCAGCUCAGGUUCUACUGGCUGAAGAAGGAUGACAACUUGUGGAUACGACAGUGCACGGGGGUAUUCGAGUAUGGUUACGAAUACAUGGGCCUGAAUGGAAGACUGGUGAUCACACCAUUAACCGAUCGCAUCUACCUCACCAUCACUCAGGCGUUAACUAUGCAGCUAGGAGGAGCUCCAGCAGGUCCAGCAGGCACAGGCAAAACGGAAACCACGAAAGACCUAGCCAAAGCGCUGGGUCUUUUAUGCGUGGUGACGAACUGCGGCGAGGGCAUGGACUUCCGCGCCGUGGGGCAGAUCCUCGCGGGGCUGUGCCAGUGCGGCGCGUGGGGCUGCUUCGACGAGUUCAACAGGAUCGACAUCUCCGUGCUGUCCGUCAUCUCCACGCAGCUGCAGUGCAUCAGGAGCGCGUUGUUGAUGAAGCUCAAGAGGUUCACGUUUGAAGGUCAAGAGAUAGCGAUGGACAGCAAAGUGGGCAUCUUUAUCACAAUGAACCCGGGGUACGCUGGUCGCACCGAACUACCGGAGUCUGUUAAAGCCCUGUUCAGGCCCGUGGUGUGCAUCCUGCCCGAUCUGGAAAUGAUCUGCAUGAUAUCAUUGUUUUCUGACGGGUUCCUUACUGCUAAGGUGUUAGCAAAGAAGAUGACAGUGCUGUACAAAGUGGCGAGAGAGCAGUUGUCGAAGCAGUCCCACUACGACUGGGGCCUGCGCGCGCUCACGGCGGUGCUGCGCAUGGCGGGCAAGCUGCGCCGCGACUCGCCCGGCCUCAGCGAGAUCAUGGUGCUCAUGAGGGCGCUCAGAGACAUGAACCAUCCAAAGUUUGUGUUUGAAGACGUGCCUCUAUUCCUUGGGCUGAUCAAGGAUCUGUUCCCCGGACUGGAGUGUCCACGCGUGGGCUACCCAGAAUUCAACGCGAUGGUCAUCGAAGUCCUUGAGAGCGAUGGGUACAUCGUACUAGCUCAUCAGGUGGAUAAAGUGGUUCAGCUGUACGAGACUAUGAUGACCCGCCAUUGCUCCAUGCUGGUCGGUCCGACUGGCGGUGGGAAGUCGGUCAUACUGCAAACGCUGGUCAAAGCGCAGACCAACAUGGGACUUCCUACUAAACUCACUGUAGUGAAUCCGAAGGCGUGUUCCGUGAUCGAACUAUAUGGAAUCUUAGAUCCCGUCACAAGGGACUGGACAGAUGGCUUGUACUCGAAAAUCUUCCGAGAAAUGAACAGACCAGCGGAGAAAGACGAGCGACGUUAUUCCCUCUUCGAUGGAGAUGUGGACGCUCUGUGGAUCGAAAACAUGAACUCUGUCAUGGACGAUAACAAACUGCUGACGCUCGCGAACGGGGAGAGAAUUCGGCUCGCCCCGUACUGCUCCCUGCUGUUCGAAGUCGGCGACUUGAACUAUGCAUCGCCGGCCACCGUGUCCAGGGCUGGCAUGGUGUUUGUCGACCCUAAGAAUUUGGGUUAUCAGCCUUAUUGGGACAGAUGGGUCCUCGGUCGCAACAACGAGGAGGAGCGCGAGCAGUUGUCGGGUCUGUUCGACCACUACGUGGCGGGCGCCAUCAACUACAUCGUGUUUGGACUGUUCGGGCUGCAGCAACAGACGCCGCUCAAGACCAUCGUACCACAAACCCCGCUAAACCUGGUGGUCCAACUGUGCUACAUGUACACCGGCUUGCUGCCCAACAGAGAGGACAGCAAUGAGGAAAUAGACAGAAGCGUAGUAGAAUGCGUCUUCAUGGUGUCCAUGUACAACAGUCUUGGAGCCUCCAUAGUGGACGACGGUCGCUUCGACUUUGACAACUACAUCAAGAAGGCUUGUCCAAUGAUGCUCGUAGAAGAUACCGUGGAAAAGAAAGCUACCACCAAACACUUCCCAAUGGGUUUCCCGAGCUUGUAUGAUUACUGCCUAGAGCUGACCACCAAGACGUGGGAAGCUUGGGAGUGGCUAAUCCCCGUGUACGAACAUGACAGAGAGAUGAAGUUCCCCUCGAUCCUGGUGCCUACUGUGGACACGCUGCGUCUAACCUGGCUUAUCAAGAUAAUGGAGAGUGUCGAGAGGCCGGUGCUGCUGGUGGGUGACACUGGGACAUCGAAGACUGCUAUUAUCACGAACUACUUGCGCGGAUUACCUGCCGACAAAUACAUUAUCCAGCAAAUGAACUUCUCAUCCCGCACCUCGUCGAUGGACGUGCAAAGGAACCUGGAGUCAGUGGUAGAGAAACGCACUAAGGACACGUUUGGACCGCCCGUCGGCAAGAAGAUGCUGGUGUUUAUUGAUGACAUGAACAUGCCUAUUGUGGACACCUAUGGCACGCAACAGCCAAUAGCUCUGCUGAAACUGCUAUUCGAAAGAAAAGGUUUCUAUGACAGAGGCAAGGACCUGAAUUGGAAGAAUUUGAAAGAUAUCGGCUUUCUUGCCGCCAUGGGCAAAGCAGGUGGUGGAAGAAACGACGUGGACCCUCGCUUCAUAUCCAUGUUCUCUGUUUACAACCUGCAGUUCCCUUCAGAGAGCACGUUGAGACACAUUUACGUGUCUAUACUGAGGGGACACUUCGAAAUCUUUCCUGAUGAGAUACGAGAUAUUGUCGACAAACUCGUGCAGAUGACUUUAGAUUUAUAUAAAAUAAUAAUAGUGGAACUGCCCCCGACGCCGGCCAAGUUCCACUACAUCUUCAACCUGCGCGACCUGUCCCGCGUGGCGGCCGGGCUGUGCCUCACGCACCCCAACUACUUCAGCGAGAAGCGCGCGGUGGUGCGCUGCUGGCGCAACGAGUUCACGCGCGUCAUCUGCGACAGACUCAUCAACGUGCAGGACAAUGAUCUAAUGCGUGGACACAUACAAGAACACGUAGCAAAAUAUUUCCCAGAAGAAGAGCCUGUCGUACUGGAGGAGAUUGUCAUACCAGAAGAAGAGGAGAAAGUUGAAGAAGACGAAUUCGGUGAGCCUAUACCCAAACCCGUUGAAGCUGCAGAUCAGGAAGUAGCCGUAGAGGAAGAGGAGGAAGCGGAAGUGGAACACGAACUGACAUUGGAGGAAUAUGUACUCCGUGAUCCAAUGCUCUUCGGCGACUAUCGCAACGCAUUAGAUGAAGAAGAAAUACGUUAUUACGAAGAUUUGCUUGAUUAUGAAGCUGUCUAUUUCUUAUUCCAAGAGAUCCUGGACGAGUACAACGAGCGCAACGCGAAGAUGUCGAUAGUGUUGUUCGAGGACUGCCUCGAGCACCUCACGCGCGCGCACCGCAUCCUGCGCACCGACCGCGGCAACGCCAUGAUCAUCGGCGUCGGCGGCUCCGGCAAGAAGUCCAUCUGCCGGCUCGCUGCCUUCGCUGCUGGUUGUGACAUGUUCGAGAUCACAGUGACGCGCAACUACAACGAGAACACGUUCAAAGACGACAUGAAGCGCAUGUACAUGCAGCUCGGCGUCGACAACAAGAGAACUGUGUUCUUGUUCACCGCUGCACAGAUCGUAGAGGAAGGUUUCCUGGAGUUCAUAAACAACAUCCUGAUGAUCGGCAUGAUCCCGGCGCUGUUCGGCGAUGAUGAGAAAGACGGCAUCAUCAACGCCGUGCGCAAUGACAGCAACGAAGCCGGCUAUGGAGUGGCUAAAGACGGCGUGUGGAACUUCUUCUGUAACAGAUGUGCUGACAACCUGCACGUUGUCCUCUCCAUGUCGCCCAGCGGAGACAUACUGAGGAACAGAUGUCGCAGUUUCCCCGGCCUGGUGAACAACACGACGAUCGACUGGCAGUUCCCGUGGCCGAAACAAGCCCUGCUCGCCGUUGCCAACGUGUUCUUAGCUGAUGUAGAGAAGAUUCCAGAAGAGUUCAGGCCGAUAAUAGUGGAGCAUGUGGUACACGUGCAUAUGUCCGUCGCGAGGUACUCGGUGGAGUUCCUGCUGAGGCUCCGCAGGAACAACUACGUCACUCCUAAACACUACAUGGACUUCCUCACCAACUAUCUGUCGCUACUCAACGAGAAAGAUGCGUUUAUAGUUGCACAGUGUGAACGCCUAAAAGGUGGUCUAGCAAAGAUUGCAGAAGCAAACGUACAGUUAGAAGAUUUGAACGCAAAACUGGCCGUGCAAAAAGUGAUUGUUGCGGAGCAAACAAAAGAAUGCGAGGUUUUGCUCAAAGAGAUCUCAACAGCCACGGAAGCAGCUGUAGCAAAGCAGCAAGUAGCCGCCGUCAAGUCGGCCGAGAUCACUGAGCAGAGCGUAGUGAUCGCCGAGGAGAAGUCGGAGGCUGAGGAGGCGUUGUCGGCCGCUCUACCGGCGCUGGAGGCUGCCAGACUCGCGCUGGCGGACCUGGACAAGAACGACAUCACUGAAAUCCGAUCGUUUGCGACACCACCAGAGGCCGUACAGACUGUGUGCGAAUGCGUCGUGAUCAUCCGAGGCAUCAAGGAUGUGAGCUGGAAGGGCGCGAAGGGAAUGAUGGCGGAUCCAAACUUCUUGCGGAACCUGCAGGAGAUGAACUGCGACCUCAUCACACAGAACCAGGUGAAGGCGGUGAAGGCGCACAUGAAGAAGAGCAAGAAGCUCGACACCAUGCAGCAGAUUAGUAAGGCCGGUUAUGGUCUUCUGAAAUUCGUCAUCGCGGUCCUCGGAUACUGCGCUGUAUAUAAAGAGGUAAAGCCAAAGAAGGACAAAGUGGAGGCCCUAGAGAAGGAAUACACUGAAGCCGUCAACUAUUUGGCCUCUUUGAACCGUGAAAUCGAUCGCCUACAGAAGACUCUAGAUGGCCUGAACAAUAGAUAUGAGACGGCCAUGAUGAGAAGGCAGGAGUUGCAAGAGGAAACCGAUCUGAUGAUGCGACGCUUGGUUGCCGCGGAUAAACUCAUGUCAGGACUGUCAAGCGAGCAGAAGAGAUGGACUGAAGACCUAGCUGCUUUGUAUGUAGAACAGUCUAGAUUGAUCGGAAACUGUUUACUGGCAGCAUCGUUUUUGAGCUAUGCGGGGCCGUUUUCGUUUUCUUUCCGUCAGACGAUGAUAUAUGAGGACUGGUUGGGUGAUGUGAAGGAGAGAGGAAUCCCUCUAACGCUGCCAUUUACUAUUGAAAAGAAUUUGACUAAUGAAGUUGAGAUUAGUGGUUGGAAUUCCGAAGGUCUGCCACCAGACGAACUGUCCGUGCAGAACGGUAUAUUGACCACGAGGGCGUCUCGAUUCCCUCUCUGUAUAGACCCACAGACACAGGCACUGUCUUGGAUAAAGAAGAAAGAAACCAAGAAUAAUCUGAAGGUGCUGUCAUUCAACGACCCACAAUUCUUGAGACAGCUGGAGAUGGCAAUCAAGUACGGCAUGCCGGUACUUUUCCAAGAUGUGAACGAGUACAUAGACCCAGUAGUUGAUAACGUAUUGGAGAAAAAUAUUAAAGUGGAAGGCGGUCGCACGUUCGUGAUGCUGGGCAGCUCGGAGGUGGACUACGACCCUCACUUCCGCAUGUACCUCACCACCAAGCUCGCCAACCCGCAGUUCAAUCCAGCUGCCUAUGCGAAAGCUGUUGUCAUCAACUACACUGUUACUGUGCAGGGUCUAGAAGAUCAGUUAUUAAGCGUAGUAGUGCGCGCCGAACGAUCAGACCUGGAGGAGCAACGCGAGAGUCUCAUCAUUGAGACUAGCGCGAACAAGAGUCUGCUGUCAGGACUCGAAGACUCUUUACUCAGAGAACUGGCGACGUCCACCGGCAACAUGUUGGACAAUGUGGAGCUGGUCAACACACUUGAGAAUACCAAAUCCAAAGCUGCUGAAGUGAUGGAGAAACUAGCCCUGGCCGAGGCUACAACGAAGGACAUAGAGAAGCUUCGCGACGGGUACCGACCAGUCGCCAAGCGCGGCUCCAUACUCUUCUUCGUACUGUCGGACAUGGCCGGCGUCAACACCAUGUAUCAAUACUCGCUGUCGUCCUACCUCGAUGUAUUCUCAUUUUCUUUACGCAAAGCGAUGCCGAACGUCAUCUUGAUCAAACGGCUCAAAAAUAUCAUCGACAUGCUCACCAAGAACGUUUAUGAUUACGGAUGCACAGGUAUAUUCGAACGCCACAAGCUGUUGUUCUCGUUCCAAAUGGACAUAAAACUGGAGCAAAGCGAGGGUAACGUGAGCCAGCCGGAGCUGGACUUCUUCAUCAAAGGCAACGUGUCGCUGGAGAAGUCGGCACGGGCCUGUCCUGCAGCAUGGAUACCUACGCAGGGAUGGCAAGAUAUAAUGAAGCUGAGUGCCGACUUUACCCCCUUCGCAGAAUUACCUGAUCACAUUAUUAGAAAAAUAUCGGAUUGGCAAGAAUGGUUCGACAGCGACGCGCCGGAGUCGGCGGAGAUCCCUGACGAUUACCGCGAGAGGCUGCGGCCGUUCGAGCUGCUGAUGUUGCUGCGCUGCUUCCGCGUCGACCGCAUCUACCGCGCCCUCACCGACUACAUCACCGUCACCAUGGGCGAGGAGUACAUCACGCCGCCGGUCAUCAGUCUCGACAUGAUAGUGGAACAGACGACCCCGUUCACGCCGGUGGUGUUCAUCCUGAGUCCCGGCUCGGAUCCCACGGCGGACCUCAUGAAGCUGGCGGACCGCUGCGGCUUUGGCGGAGGGAAGUUCAAGUAUCUGUCGCUUGGACAGGGACAGGAGGGGGCGGCACUUGCACUACUAGAAGGCGCGAUCUCGCACGGCCAGUGGUUGAUACUGCAGAACUGUCACCUGCUGGUGUCGUUCCUGCGCGAGCUGGAGAAGCAGCUCGAGCUGAUGACGAAGCCGCACCCGGAGUACAGGCUCUGGCUGACUACUGACCCCACGCCCACAUUCCCUAUUGGAAUACUACAGCGAUCGCUGAAAGUGGUCACGGAGCCGCCCAAUGGUUUGAAACUGAACCUGCGCAACACAUACUUCAAGAUGCGUGCACAUGCGCUCGAGGAGUGUCCACAUCCGCAGUUUAAGAAGCUGGUUUACGUGCUAGCAUUUUUCCACGCCGUGGUGCAGGAGCGACGCAAAUACGACAAGAUCGGAUGGAACAUAGCGUACGAUUUCAGCGAGAGCGACUUCAUGGUGUGCAUGCAGAUCCUGCAGUGCUACCUGGAGCGAUGUGCCGCCGCCAACGGACCCAUACCCUGGGCCACGCUGAAGUAUUUGUUUGGAGAGGUGAUGUACGGCGGGCGCGUCAUCGACGACUUCGACCGCCGCGUGGUCCGUACGUACAUGGAGGAGUACAUGGGCGAGUUCCUCUUCGACAAGUUCCAGCCCUUCCAUUUCUACAGGGACAGCACCUUCGACUAUGUCAUACCACCGGAGGGCGAGAGGGACGAGUACAUCGACUUCAUCGACACGCUGCCGCUCGCGAACACGCCGGAGGUGUUCGGGCUGCAUCCGAAUGCUGAGAUCGGCUACUUCAGCCAGGCGGUGCGCAUGAUGUGGGGACACCUUAUAGAACUACAGCCGCAGACAAGCGAGGGCGGCGGCGCGCUGAGCCGCGAGGACUUCAUCGACACGAUCGCGGUGGAUGUGCUCGCCAAGCUGCCGCCGCUCUACGAGAUCUGGCGCGUGCGCAAACAGUUCGAGAUGAACAUCACGCCCUCGCUCGUCGUGCUGCUGCAGGAACUAGAGAGAUUCAAUCGUCUAGUAAGCCGUAUGCAAACCACUCUCUCGCUCCUCCGCAAGGCUCUGGCGGGCGAGAUCGGCAUGGACGCGGUGCUGGACAACGUCUCGUACAGUCUGUUCAACGGGCAGCUACCCAACGUGUGGCGAGCCCUCGCGCCCGCCACCUGCAAAGGACUCGGCGGGUGGAUGGACCACUUCAUCGCCAGAACCAAGCAGUAUACGGACUGGGCGACGGUGGAGGAGCCGGUGGUGAUCUGGCUGUCGGGGCUGCACAUCCCCGAGUCGUACCUGAUCGCGCACGUGCAGAUGGCGUGUCGGCUGUACACGUGGCCGCUCGACCGCUCCACGCAGUUCACGCGCGUCACCAAGUGGACCUCGCCCGACGAGAUCGAGGAGCGACCUGUCACCGGGUGCUACGUGCGCGGGCUGUACCUGGAGGGCGCGCGGUGGGACGUGCGGGAGGGCUGCCUGCGCCGCUCGCACCCCAAGGUGCUCGUGACCGAGCUGCCCAUCAUGUACAUCAUACCCAUCGAGUUCCACAAGCUCAAGCUGCAGAACACGCUGCGCACUCCAGUAUACACGACGUCGCAGCGGCGCAACGCCAUGGGAGUGGGUUUGGUAUUCGAAUCAGACCUGUGGACCACGGAACACUGCAGCCACUGGGUCCUGCAGGGCGUAUGUCUUAUCAUGAACACUGAUUAAUAAAUUAAAACCAGGAUAUUUCACCAACCAUAAUUAUCCACGUGUCCCGUUCUGGGAUCAGUCUGUCUGUAUGUGGUUUUCAACAGGAAGCCAUAAUAGUGUCAGGCCGACAAGUACGAGCGAUAAUCAUUUUUCUUCAGUAAAUGCUCUAUCUACACUUCACUCCACUUAUCAUUAGAUGCAGUGAAGUAACUUUGCUAUGCCCAUAUAAGAAAUUACAUUUAUAAUUUACAUUGGGUACAUAUACUUUUCGGUUUUAUGAAAUAAACAUAUACUGUUAGAGAACAUUGAAUUUACAGUUUGCGAAAUGUAUCUUAAAACAAUAUAAAGGCACAAGACUGUACAAUAUAAUAAUAUCAUUUGGGAAUGGUAUUUAUAAACCAUAAUAUUAUUUAGUUCAUAUUGUUUCUGUCCAAAAUACUAUCAAAAUGCUAUGCUUACUUUAAUUUUUGUUUCUAAGUCAAACUAGAUUUAAAGCAUUCAUGUUUAAUGUUAAUUUGAUGACUUAGAAUAUCAUUAAUUAUGGUCAUUAA